UGUCUGGGGGAGGGGCCCUUCAGGGAAAAGGGUGAGAAAGCACCUGGGUGUGUUAUAUGAGAGUGGGGAAGUCCCUUUUGUAAGAACUGCUUCCUACACAAAUCUGACUGCCUGAGAGACUGAAGAUCAGAAAGAGGGGGGACACCGGGGGAGUGAGAAGACAGGAGGAACACUGAAAGAAGUGAGAAAAGGCUAGACAAAGGGGUGACCCACAAUGCAAUGAAGAACACAGAAAAGUGGGAGCAAGGGAGAUGUGGAAAAUGAGGUGAAACAUAGGAGGAUGGUUUUCUGGGCGAUGCAGAAAGUGUGAAAAGACCCUGGGAAAAGCACACUCAUGGAAAUGACAGGAUACACAGAAGGGGAAGAGAGAUGGUAAUUGAUGAAUAAAGAAAGUGCUAGUAGAGGGAGAUAGACUUUAAAUGUCAGUGACUUGUGCAUGGGGGAGGAUAUGAAUACAUAUACAGAUUACAGCAAAUAAUAUUAUAACACCAAACAAGAAACAUAAUAGAAGGAGGGAAGAAAUAAGGGAGGGUGGAGAGUAGGGCAAGAGGGAGUAGAGUUAGAGACAAGAGAAGGAGGAGAGCUAGAGACAAGAAGGGGAGAGAUACAACUCCUAGAGUGCAAAUAAUUAGACUAUAUCUCUGGUCUCAGGGGAUUUCUAAUGACUUGCUGAUGGAGUGACAUUUUAUACUGACCAAUGGAGACCACCAAUAGCCUGCAUACUGAGAGAAUGGAGACAUCUUCUCCCCUGGACCUCAGCAUCUCAAGAAAUAUGGACAAAUUAAAUAUGCCAAGGAGUUUCCUGAAUCUUAUACCAAGGGUGUCAGCAAGGGUCUCAGAUUCCCAAGUAGAAAUAAAACAGGAAGGAACAAAGCAUCCUAAAGAGAGUGAAAGAGAGUCAUUGGAAGAAGCAGAAGUGUGUAAAGAUCAAGCAUGUCUUCCUUUUCGAAAACGCAGGUACCCUCCAUCUCCCAAAGAUGAGGGAUCUUUGAAAAUGAAAAAGGACCAGUGCUCUGAAUGUGCAAGGAAAUGCUAUGCACCCUGCAUGACUGUAACAUUGCCUCCACUUCAAGCCUACUACCACGGGGCUUCUGCAGCCUAUUUGUCCCCAGCGUUACCAACGUUACCUCUGUAUCCAGCUCCCGUUCAUAACACGCUAAAUGGAUCCUUUACGGGAUUCUUGCCUCAGCAACAUGCAGCAUUGCUACAACACGACUCCCAGCUGCAAGCUGACAUUAUUGCUGCUACACAGUCAGAUGAAGAUGGAGACACAGCAUUGCACAUAGCUGUCGCUCAUGGAAACUUCUCUGCUGCCAAGAAGGUGAUAAGUCUUCUUCUUCAUGGCAGGAGAUCCCUGGAUUCUCUCAACAACCUGAGACAGACACCCUUGCACCUUGCUGUCAUUACCAAUCAGCCUGACCUGGUCUCUCUACUUCUGGAGAAUGGAUCCUCGCCCCUGAUUCCAGAUCGCAAUGGGCAGACAUGUCUUCACUUAGCAUGCGAAUAUGAAAGUUCUGAAAGUCUGGAAGUGCUUUUGAGGUUUAAAACAAGGAACCUGGAAGCCACCAACUUCCAAGGAAAGACUGCACUGCAUGUAGCUAUCAGCACACGGCGUAAAGACAUCACGUGCUGCCUCUUGGACAAUGGAGCUGAGGUGGAUACUGUGGAUAUAAAGAGUGGUCAUAGUCCCCUAAUACAAGCUGUGGAGAAUGGUUGUGAAGAUUUGGUGUCCCUUCUGUUGCAGCAUGGCGCUAGUGUGAAUGCCCAGACAUAUGCAGGCAACACAGCACUACACGUGGCAAGUGGUCGUGGCCUUGCAGAGAUCACGCGGUUACUGCUGAGGAGUGGCGCCGACUGUGGCAUCAAAAACUGCCAUAAUGACACAGCAAUGACAGUGGCAAAGGACAGAAGGAUCACAGAUAUUCUACGUGGUAAAUCAUCCUCUCCCCAUUCUCAGAAUGAGAAAUGUGUGGGCAGCUUGAAGGAUAACUCUUUUACUUCUUCGUCUUGGGGAGAGAGAUCUCAGCACAACUCCUCAGCUCCACAAUUUUGUGAAAAGGCAACUUCCUGAACGAGGACCAAAACCAAUGGCACCCAGAAACUGUUUCACUGCCGCAUAAUGAGGUGGAACACGCAGAGAACUGCCUGCGGGCAAUAAGGAAAAUGAUUCUAACUAAGCACAUCUCCAUGAUGAGGAGAAAAGUAUUUGGAUCUCUUUACAUAGCACCUUGGAAAGACAUCUAUUUUGAUUAUAACAAAGAAAACUUUUCUGGCAGCUCAAUAAUCACCCAUCUACCUCCUCAUGAAGCAUGACAGUUCUAUAUUCACAGAUACGUGACAAUAUAGAGACACAUUCAGACACGCUGUUGAGCCACCGAGAGGCUGUGUAGCUGAAAAAUUCACUCUUAUUAUUGUAUAUAAUGUGCUGCAGGGUGGAGGGUAUAAUCUCUUGUAGGAUACAAGGCAAUGCUCUGCAUAAUGAGAAUAUACUGUAAGGGGAUACAUUUAUUAAUUUAUUUAAUAUUUUUAUAAUAAAUAUUUUUGUACAAAA